UGGGAGGGCUCGGGGUGGGGCUUAGAACCAACAUAACCAAUGGGAGGGCUCGGGGCAUGGCCUGACACGUCACUCCACAUUCACAACGUUUGUUUCAGAGUACCUCAACAGAGUAUUACCUGUACAUGAAGAAGUAUUGCAGCCUGCACAGUACUCCUUAUACUACUACCCCUCCUCUAACAGCAGAUGGACUUAGCAGCGCCACCUGGCCUGUCUCUGGUUUCUGUCUUGUCUCUGUUAGCAUGUAGCUUUCAGGUGUUUGCAGCCGCCCUGCUAACAUGCAGGUAUGGUGGGCGGAGCUCUGCAGAGGACAGGUGGAUUCUGCUGUGGCUCUUCUACGACGUCAUUGUCCACUUGACAUUGGAAGGACCAUUUGUCUACAUGUCUCUGGUUGGGUCAGUCGAGUUGUCUGAUGGUCCGCUGGCUGAACUCUGGAAGGAGUACAGCAAGGCCGACAGUCGUUGGUUGAUUUCUGAUCCGACUAUCGUCUCGAUUGAACUGAUGACUGUCGUCGUCGCCUCGCUACUCGCUCUGCUGCUAAUACACGCAGUACUGAAGGACAAAUACUACAGACACUUUCUGCAGAUCACUCUGAGCGUGUGCGAGCUGUACGGUGGCUGGAUGACCUUCUGUCCUGAUUGGCUGAUUGGCAGUCCUCAUCUGAACACGUCCAGCUGGCUCUACCUGUGGGUCUACCUGGUCUUUUUUAAUGGGAUCUGGGUCCUGGUGCCGGUCCUGCUGCUGGUUCAGUCCUGGUUCUGUCUGAGGAGACUGCACACACUCAGUCUGGAUGGUGACGUAAAGAGGAAGUAGACGAAGAUGGUGACGUUAUCGAUCAACUGGCCACCAAUCAAUCAACACCACAUGAUCACGUGAUCACAUGAUGGCUGCUGGUGUUGACAUUGAGAGAGACAUUGCACUAAACUUUGAUCAUCUGAAAACUUUAAUCAGUUUCAAACAUUUUCUCACGACUGUGUCACAAAGAAGUCAGGAUCAGUCAGAUGUCACGUCACCAUUUUUGUUGAAUUAAACACUCAGAGCUUCUUUAACUU